AUGGCAGCAACGCGGUCGGCCGAGAGCAAGGCCGCGCUCGAGCCCGAGUCUACGGACGAGUGCAACAACGGCGAUGGCGACGGCGACGUCGUCGACCAGCCCACGGUUGACCGCAUGCACCUCCUCUCGGCGCUGCCCGACUUGGACGAGCUCUGCAGCGCCAACGGGCUCUCGCGCAAGCAGUUUGGCAAGCGCGCGCACCUCGUGCAGUCGCUUGAGAUGUUUCUCGGCUUUUGGCCGCGCAUGGUGACUGUCACGUACUUUACCAACUUGCGCGACCUCUCGAUCGUCAAGCACCCAACGAUCGCCGUGCUCGAAGGCCUAGAGUCGUGCCCGCAGCUCGAGUCGCUGCGCAUUGUCGAGUGCAGCCUCGGGCGCAUCGAAGGCCUCUCACAGUGCACGCGCUUGACGUACCUCAAUCUAAGUUCGAACGCGCUCGUGCGUAUGGACGGCCUGUCGGCGCUCACGCGCCUCGAGACGCUCUGGCUCAACGACAACCGCAUCGAGCGCCUCAGUGGGCUGGAGCACUGUACCUCGCUGCAAGUGCUAUGGGUCGCCAAGAAUUACAUUGCAACGCUCGAGCGGUGUUUGGAUGCAAAUACGACCUUGACCGAGCUCAAUGUUGCGGCCAACCAGCUCAGCAGCUUCCUGGCGCUAGCGCCACUCGGGAAGCUGCCGCGCCUUGCGUCGCUGAAUUUAAGCGACCCGCACUUUGGCGACAACCCGGUGUGUCGCCUCUGCAACUACCAGACGUACCUUCUCUGUCAACUGCCGCACUUGACGUACCUCGACACGCUGGAGCUUAGUCCGCUCAACAAACAGAUUGCCGACUCGACGCUCAUGAAGAAGCGCAUGUACUACAACAUGCGCAUCAAGACCAUCAAGCGCAACAUCUCGAAUUGCGUCCGGCACGCGCGGCAGUGCUACAUCGACCACAUCAACUUUGCCAACUUCAACUUGAACGCAGUCAUGCGCGAACUCUCGGAUCUCGAUAAGGAACUCGAAGACGAAAAGCUACACGGCGUCUCGCAAACGUUUCUCAAGUACCCGCAAGGAAGCCUCGAGGCCAAGCGGGCCCAAGUCGCUGCGUACAUUGCGUUGAAAACGCAGUGCAUUCACAGCAUGACGCAGGCGUUCGAGCACCUUCGACACCAGCUCACGACGUUGAGCGAGAAGACAAUUGCGCGUCUCCUCUUGGAGCUCAAUACAGGCGGCAACAUUCGCCUCGAAGACGGCUCCGAAGCCGAUGUGUGGUACGCGAGCUGUGUCGACUUGCUGAGAUCCCGCGCCUUCUUGGCCGACCUCGCGCCUCUCGGGAUCCGCGACCUCAAGGUCAACCGUGUCACGCGUAUCAACAACCGGUUUCUGCGCAACCGGUUUCAGGACCGCGUCGAAGCGCUCCUGUCCGGGCCCGACGAGCACGUCAAGGACAAUGUGAGCAAGCGCGGCGUCACCAUCAAGGAGAGCGCGAUCAAUACCAGUUCGUCGUCGUCCGACCAAGACAACGCCAAGGACACCACCGACGUCGCCAUUGAGAACACGCUCGAGUACCUAUUUUACAUGCAGCCGCCGAUCUUGGACCACAUCGAUGGCGUCAAGGAGCAGUACCACGUGAUCGAACAUGGCUUCCGCGCGGUCGACGACUAUGCCGUGCUCGGGCCGCACUGCGCCCAUGGCAUGAAGCUCACCAACUCGCUCGCACUACUCGAUGUGCCUCGUAUUGCGACCGCGCUGCAUCUGGGCGCCGAGCCCGACGCCGAUGUCUCGGCGUACGCUCAUUUUGGCUGGCAGUCGGUGGAGCUCACAAAAGCCAUGCGGAGCUCGCAGCGCAAAUUGCUCUCGGGCGAGUUCAAGCUGACCGACGGCGUCCUCGUGAUUGCCAAGGCCUUUGUGGGUCACACGCGGAUCGUCGAGCAAGGGACGUCGUUUCCGCUUCAAAAGCCCGAUGACGUCCAGUGCCUCCAAGCCAUCAAACCGACCGACCCGAAGCAACGCAUGUACUUUUUACUGGACGCGGCGCUCGCGCUGCCCGAGUACAUUGUCGAGUACGAGUACACGCCACUGGACACAACGUCGCACCUCCUCGCGGGCUUGGUGCCGGCGGUCGCACCGGCGGUCGUCGCAGACCGACCUCUGGGCCCGGACGACUACAAGCAGUAUGGCAUCACGUCCGACGAAGCGAUCGUGGACAUGGGCGCUGCCAUCGCGCUCACUGAAGCCUUCAAGCACAAGUACCAGCUCGUGUUUACUGAGCCGCUUCUCGAGCAACAUUUGCUCGAAGAAGCGGCGAAAAACCUCAUUCAAAUGGACCCGACGAUCGCGCGGCGACAGGCGAUUGGCGGCGUCGGCCCCGCGACGACGCACAUUACACCGUCGAGUCUUGUGUCGCUGGCCUACGGGAUCGCCCCGCACGACAUGGUGCAUUUGAACCUCACGAGCUCGGGGCUUAAGUCCCUCGCCGGGCUCAGUAUGUGCGGCCUCGUCAAGCUCGAGCGCCUCGUGCUCAGCUUCAACGAGAUCCGGACCAUCGAAGGGUUGGAGGGACUGGGUUCGCUCACGACAUUGGAUUUGGGCUACAAUAUUCUGCGCUCGAUCGACAACAUUCAUGGUCUUCAUUUGCUGCACACGCUGCUCCUCAACAACAACCUGCUCUACCGCUUUGAGGACGUGAGUACGCUCAGCCACGUCCCAAGUCUUCACACUCUCGACUUGCGCAACAACGCCAUCUGUGAAGCCAAACGGUACCGGAAAAACGUGCUCCAGCGCCUUCCCAAGCUCCAGCGCCUCGAUAUGGCGCCGGUCGCCCCAAACGAGCUCUCGACGCCGCUUGCCGUGCGCCUCUCGCCGCAUAAGAUCUGGGCGUGCUCGCGCGGGAGCCGGCACGAUCGCGGCGAGUCGAGCUUGGCCCGCUUCCGCGCCAAACCGGUUUUGCAAGCGGGUGACGAGGCCUUUCUGGCCGACGAACAGGACGACGAUGCGAGUUGGUGGACCACGGUGGAGGAGCUGCAUGUGGACCACGAGUCUCUCUCGAUGCUCAGCCACUUGGAGAAGCUCACGUCGCUUCGAAUUGCGUCCUUCUCGGACAACGACCUGAGCUUCAUCGAUGGGCUCAGUCAGUGCACGAGUCUGGAAGAGCUUGCGCUCGACAACAACCAGAUCAUGACGAUUGAAAAUUUGGAUGCGCUCGUGCAGCUCAAGGUGCUCGACCUCGGCAAGAACAAGCUCAUGGGCAUGAAGAACCUCGACACGCUCGUCAACCUCAAGCAGUUGUCGCUGGAAGACAACAACAUUACGUCCUUGCAAGGCCUGUCGCACCUCGUCAAGCUCAUGGAGCUCUACAUUGGCAACAACAACAUUGCCAACAUCAAGGAGAUCCACCACCUCAAAUCCUUGCCCAAGCUCAUCAUUGUCGACUUUUCCGGCAACGGCUUUUGCGCCGACGCCGAGUACACGCUGUAUACAGUCUACAACCUCCGACGCAUCAAGGUGCUUGACGGCGUGAGCAUCUCGAGCGACCUCCAGUUUGAAGCCAAGCAAAAGUACAGCGGCAAGCUCACGACCGACUUUCUCAUUGAAAAGAUUGGCCACGCGUUCAACCGAAUCCACGAAAUGGAGUUGUCGUCGUGCCGGAUCCGGGAAAUUGGGUCGCUCCACGGGGACGUCUUUGUCAACCUCAAAGACCUCAACCUUGAAAACAACCUGAUCACAGAUAUCUCGGGCAUCGAAAAACUCCCGAAACUUCGCGGCCUCAACUUGUCGAGCAAUCGAAUCGAGCGGCUUUCCCAUGCGGGUCCCCACACGGGCGUCUUGGCGUGUCCCAAGCUCGAGAACCUCCAGCUCGCGCACAACCUCAUUACCGACAUGACGCAACUCGGCUUGCACCACCUCCAGGAACUCAAGAUUCUCAACCUCGAAGGCAACGACAUUACCCAAAUCGCCGGCCUCACGCACGCCCACGAGCUGCGCGAGCUCAUUCUGAGCAAGAACAAGAUCCGGCAGUUCGAAGCGGCGACAGCCAACGUGCUCACGAGCCUCGUCGUCUUGAAGAUGGACGACAACAGCCUGCGAUCGCUAGUAUAUUUUUACCCACUCAGCCGGCUGCAGGUGCUCGACUUGUCCAACAACCGACUACCCGACCUCGAAGAAGUCGAGCGUCUCCAGCCACUCAUUCCGAUCGUGCAAGAGCUAUGGGUCCUCAAUAACCCCCUCGCCAAGCGCCACCUCUGUCGGUCGACGAUCAUCUACCGCUACUCGAGCCUCAAGUGCCUCGACGGCAAAGACAUCACGCUCGAAGAGCGAGAGCGCGUCGAAGUGCUCUUCAUGCACGACCGGACCAUGGUAGCGCCGUCGCUCCCCCCCGCCGUCUCGGCCGCCCUGGUCAAUGCGCCGCACUUUGCAGCCUCAAGCAAGACGUCCGUGAAGCUCACAGCCAUGAGCUUCGAGUCGCUCAUGGGCGGCCAGCGACGGCAGAGCAGCAGCAACAACGCGGUAUUAGGAACGGUGUUGCCCCAAGUGCCCACGGACCGCAAGGCGCACGACAUGCCGUUGGCGUCGCCAUCGACAGCGACACCGCCGAUGGACGCUCGACGCCGAUCCGAGGCGACCACUCUGGGUCAACUGACCGGCUUCAACGGCUCGGGCAACCACAAACUCGGGUCGCGACCAGAGGUGAGUAUGACGCCACCGCCCAAAGCACAGCCGCAUGUCGCGCAACCCACCGGCCAUGUAUAUACUUCCCGCAACUUUGGCCGAAGUGGCGGCUCAUUAAAGUAACCAAGAUCUUAUCUGGGGAUUCCAA